AAAUAGAAGCGCAGACAAGGGGAGCACGACCUUAUCAUCAUCAUCAUCCAUUUUCUCAUUCUCAUCAUCCAUCUUCCGAUCCCAAUCCCAGUCCCCUGACUCAUCGAUCUUCUCACAAACCCUAAUAACUUAUCCAGUUCCAGCUCUCACGCGGCCCUCAGAAUAAAGCUUCAGUGGUCGGAGGAUGUUUGGUUGGUUUUGCUAUGGCGCUCUCAGUUUAAAUGAUGACAGGUUUGCUUCAUCCCAGUCAUGAGUGAAGCCAUUAUGGGGAAGUGCUCUAUGUUACUAUCAUUGAUAAUGUGAGAAUGAUGAUGAUGAUGAUGAUGAUAUUGUUACAUCCAGCAGAGUCUCGCACAGACAUAGAUUAGUGCAGGAAGAAAGCUUGUGAUUGCACCAAAUGGGGGCGUUGUCCUUGCCUUUCUCAUCGCAAAACUUUUUACCCAUUACUUCUGUCAGUUCUGACUUCUUUCCUUGGAAUCCUCGCUUAUUUGAAGUCAGCAGAAAUCAUAAGAACAACAGUAAAACCAGAAAUAUCUCUUUUCCUGUUUCUUGCUCAUCUGUCAAAACCGUGCGUAGUCCUUCACUAGACAGGCAUGUUGUGAAACAGAACAAGAUACGGUUUGUCCUGAAGUUACAAACACUGCUCCUUUCCAAACCAAGAUGCUAUAUUCCACUUCAGAUUCUUAAUAAAUGUCGAUCCUACCUUUCCUUGUCAAAGCCCCGGUCCAUCCUUUCAAUGAUCCAUCGUUACCCUACCAUUUUUGAAGUCUUCUCAAUUCCAACAGCACCCAUGCCAUUCAAUGCAUCCAAGUCAUUAUCACAACCCUGUGUCCGUCUAACCCCAGCUGCAGCAGCGCUUGCUGCUCAGGAAUCAACUCUAAAAUCAGCCAACUCUGACUCCUUGGCUACCAAACUCCAGAAACUUCUUAUGCUUUCUUCUCAUCACCGGCUAGUUCUGUCAAAGUUGGUUCACCUUGGUCCAGAUCUUGGUCUUCACCCUAAUUUUCGGUCUCGUCUCUGCAAUGACCAUCCAGAAAAAUUCAAGACUAUUGAUACCUCCUACGGCCGUGCACUUGAGCUUGUAUCCUGGGACCAAGACCUGGCAAAACCUUUACCGCCUCCACAAGUUCAAUCGCGUGGGCUGAUAGUAGACAGGCCUUUGAAGUUCAAGCAUUUGAAUCUUCGGAAGGGUCUGAAUCUGAAGAGGAGACACCAAGAAUUUUUGAUGAGAUUUAGAGAAAUUCCAGAUGUGUGCCCUUACAAUACCCCUGCCUCGGAAUUUCCAAAAGAGUCAAUUGAGGCAGAGAAAAGAGCUUGUUUGGUGGUGAGAGAAAUGCUAGGGAUGAUGGUUGAAAAGAGAACAUUAAUAGACCACUUGACACAUUUUAGAAAAGAGUUUGGUCUGCCCAACAAGUUGAGAGGGAUGAUUGUGAGGCACCCUGAGUUAUUCUAUGUGAGCUUGAAAGGGCAGAGGGAUUCUGUAUUCCUGGUGGAGGGCUAUGAUGAGAAUGGUUCACUUUUAGACAAGAAGAAAGAAACUUUGGUGAUAAAGGAAAAGUUGAUGGAGUUGGUCAGGGAAAGCAAGAGGUUGAGAAAAGAGAGGAGGAAAGCUCGCCUUAAUAACACUAGGAUUGAUGACUGUAAUGGUGAUAAUAGUGAUGAUGAUGAUGAUGAUUAUUAUGAUGAUGGCUUCCUGGAUUUGUUUGAGUCUGAGGAUCUGUAUUUGGAUGACAUUGGUGAUGAUAAAAGUGAGACACUAAAUUACAGGCAGAAUGGUGAGUUUUGGACUGCAGAUGCUUAUUCUGAUGUUGAAGGCAGAGAUGGGCAACAUUUGGAGCCUUGGUAGGUGCUAGAAAAACUGUACAUAUCGUCCCUGUCUGAAAUUUUUUGUGCAGAUUUGUGAUAAUAGCUGGAUAGUUUUCCGUGUCAUAUAUAGAUAGAUCUAAACACACACUCUUUGAAUAGAUCAUUGACACAAGGAGGAGAGUCCCUCAAAAUCAGCUUUGUGCUUGUUUUGUUUUGAAUUAACAAGCUUUAAUCAGGUUUGGUUUUAUUA